AUGCCGUACAUCUCCACAGAGGCCCUGGUGGGAGCCGCACUCAUCGUCGUCCUCGCCUUUGGAUACCAGUACACAUCCACACCCAACACAGACGGCUCACAGUCCGCCAGCAAGAAGAACAAGAAGAACAAGAAGAAGAAGUCAAAGGGUGGCGCCGCAGAUGAACCCUCCUCCAUCCCUGCGAGCGAGAUCGAGUCCGAUGCCCCCCAGUCCACCAAGAAGAACAAGGGCAAGGGCAAGGGCAAGAAUGUCGCCGCCGUCGCUCCUGUAGUCCAGGUGGUGAAGGCUCCCUCGCCUUCACCGUCGCCGACGCCGACGCCUGAACCCGUGGCCGCUCCCUCCUUUGCCGACGCAGCGGCUGGGGGCCAGAGCAAGCCCAGCAAGCCCAGGACACUGGCUGAGAAGCUUGUUCCCAAGCCUCGCAAGACCAAGGUUGACGACAUGCUCGAGCCCGAGGACCGCGCACCCCACCUCGCUCGUGUGAUGAAGAUUGCGCCCACCGCCCCUCCUCCGUCUGCCUUCGCGUCGAAUGACCGUGUCGAGAAGUUUGAGGAUGACUAUGAAGACUCGGACUCGGACUCGGGCUCGGCCACGGAGGACACUCCAGCUCCAGCUCCAGGCGCCAAGCGCCAGGACGAUGGGUGGAACGUUGUGGCUGCCAAGAAGAAGCCCGUGUCGAUCGGCAUCGGUGGAAGCUCGGCUCCUGUUGUGCACAACACGUACGACGGCCAGACCAAGAUCCAGCGCAAGAACCAAAAGAAGAAUGAGGUCAAGAAGGCUGCAAAGGCGGAUGCCGAAGCAGACCGACUCCGCCGACUGGCCAUGCACAAGCGUGACCUCGAGCGUGAACGUAUCAACGAGAUUUACUCGCAGUCGAAGCAGAAGAAGGUCACCAAGCAGUUUGGAAAGGUGGUUGGUGGUGGCUCCACGGCGAGUGUCAGCGACUCUGGCAAGCUGGUGUGGGAUUAG